AUGGAAAGGACAGGCUUCAGCAUUUUCGGCAGAGCUGGUCCCCCACCCACGCGAUACAAAUCCCCGCCCAGACCAACACUAGCGGAAGAAUUCGCUGAGAUAGACGAGGAAUUAGAAGACUUUUCCGAGUUCGUCUCACCCGCAUCUGCAAGAUCUCAGCGUGAGGCAAGCGUACAAAUUGAUGCCGCCAUCGCGCGUCAGGAGAAAUAUUUGAGAGAUCACAAUACCAUUAACGAGGCCGCGAAGAAAAUGGAGAAUAUACCUCCGCCUAUAUCGAUGGCACAAAGACGGUUUCCUCAGCCGCAGACUCCGCUGAAGUCUGCGACGAAGUCUGUGCCGAAAUCUGUGCCGAAAUCUCCUCUGUUUGUUCAGACAGAGGCUUCACUGAAAUCUCCACCGUUGGCUCAAGCGGAGGCUGCGCUAAAAUCUCCACCGUUACGGUUUCCUCAGACAGAGGCGUCACUGAGAUCUCCAAGAUCUGCUCAAGCGGAGGCUGAACUGAAAUCUCCACGGUUCCCUCGGACAGAAGCAUCAAUAAAUUCUCCACGGUUAUCUCAGUCAGCUUCUACAACUCCAACACCUGCCCAAAGAGUGUCGAGGCCGCUUUCACAUCACUCCCAAGAUGGCCAGGCUUCUGUGAGGGAAACGCAGGUAUCUCCACGUCGAACUCCUGCUGUGGAACAAGAGUUUAUUGUGACGCCGCCUCCGCUCCCCGAUGGAGUUUUCGAUAUCAUCAAGAGGGAAUAUGGGUGGUCGUGGAUUUUGUGGCUACUGAUUCCAACCCUACUCGUUGCCUUCGGUGUGUAUGCCUCAUAUGGGCUUUAUGAGAGGCAGCUUGUUACAGAAGCAAGUAAGACGGGUGCUGCGAAGACGAAUGCGAAUGCUGUGGUUGAGAUUUCCUCGGCUAUCAAUGAUAUUGCCAAAAUAGUAUUGGAUGGGGAAGGAACUUUGAGGAGAUUAGAGGAUAGUCCCUUCAAUCGAGCCGCCCUACCUAUUGAACAACUCCGAAAGGACGUUUUGGAAGGAGAAGGGAAAGGGCAUCAACCAUUGUUUUGGGUGAUUGAUAAGUUCAUUGCCAAGAGCCGGGAAGUAGACCACGAUUGGCGCUCUUUCAUCCAGCAACAAGCCGAAGUUACGGCGGAAUUGGCAGGUAUAUUUGAUGGCUACGCCAGGAAUGCCGGAUCAGAUGGACACCGUACGAAUUGGAUGGGAGCUGCCAAAAACAUCACACUCGAAGAUUAUUCCGAUAUUCCACGCAAAGUAGAGAUCGAAGGCGAACGUCUCCUCUGCAAUAUACUUGGUAAGGCGAAAGGGCUAAACUGUUCUCCCGCCGGCCUAAAGCUAAUCGAAGCCUACGACGAUCUCAAGAAAUCACUCAACAAGCCCAACAUUAAGAUUCCACCGAAAACCUUCGAUGCAUAUUCGGCAACGAUGUCUGAUAUAGCAAAGGUCAUCAAGUCAAUACUCAAAAGAUGGGAGAAGGCGUUAGCAAAAAUUGAGGCGGCACAAGUGAAGUUUAAGCAAGAAUUCGACAUAGGGAGUGCAGAGAGGGUGACUCAAGAGUUGGACACCACUGCAAAGACCCUCACAGAAGCAAUGUCUAGUUCUUUCAUAUUCCGGAUAGCAUCUCCCAAAUUUCCGGCGGCCAUCAGCAGACUUGCAGAGUCAAAAGUCUGGACAAAGGGUCUAUAA